AUGUCUAUCCAGUUAUUCACGUCACAAGAAGAUCAAACGGCAACUAUGUACACAUUCAUCCUCUACCUAUCUGAUGUUUUCAACAUACCAUUGCGCACUAUUGAACUACAUUUCCAAGAAUUCACACGAGUGGAAAACGAAGACAUUGUUGAUUUUUAUUGCCGUGAUCGUGGAACGGAACUAGCUGUAGAAUCAUUGAAAUUGGUUGGAAAGUGGUUGAAUUUGCCAGAAGAUGGUGAAGUCGUGUAUUCAAUUCUCUGCCGCCAACAAGCUCGAUUUAAGCUCCAGCUUCUAUUGGAACCUACUACGGAGUUCAGAUUAAAACCAAUUCAUUUGCAACACAAUCCAUUUUAUUUUGAAGCGCACCACUCUCUUUGGAUUAGUUUUCAACAGAUCCUCGAAUUCCAAUCACGUAUUAUUAUUCUAUUGAAUUCAAUUAUCAAUAGAACACAUUUAAUAACACUGAUUAUAAAAUGGAACGAUGGAUGGACACCAGCAUGGAGAAUGAUAGCAACAAUAUUUGAGGAAGAUGUAGAUAUAGAUGAAUGUGUCCGUUCAUUGAUACUCAUUGGAAGAAUUAAUAACCUUCAAGUGCAUCGAGAAGAAAGAAUAGAUACUGUUGAUGAGCAGAUGUUACGUUAUGUUCACUACUGUCUACGUCGUCCGGAUGGAACAAUUGGUGAAAUUUUAGUCCAAAACAAUAAAAAGGGAGGGUUUUGUUUAUUUACGUCACAAGAAGAUCAAAUGGCCACUAUGUACACAUUCAUCCUUUACCUAUCCGAUGUCUUCAACGUACCAUUGCUCACUAUUGAACUACAUUUCCAAGAAUUUACGCGAGUGGAAAACGAAGACAUUAUUGAUUUUUACUGCCGUGAUCGUGAAACAGUGUCAGCUGUAAGAUCAUUGAGAUUGGUUGGAAAGCGAUCAAAUACGCCAGAAGAUGAUAAAGUCGUUGAUUCAAUUCUCUGCCGCCAACAAGCUCGAUACAAGCUCCAGCUCCUAUUUGAACCUACUCCUGAGUUCAAAUUAAAACCCAUUUAUUUGCAACACAAUCCAAUGUCUUUUGAAGCUCAUCACUCUCAUUAUAUUAGUUUUGAAGAGAUCCUCGAAUGUAAAUCAUCUAUUAUUCGUCUAUCUCAUUCAAUUUUAAACAGUACUCAUUUCAAAUGGUUUAUUGAAAAUUGGAACGAUGGAUGGACACCACCAUGGAAAAUGAUAUUAACAGAUUAUUCUGAAGAUAUUGAUAUUGAUGACUGUGUCAAUUCAUUGAUACUCAUAGAAAGAAACUCUAAACUUCAAGUGCGUCGAGAGGAAAAAAUAUUUAAUGAUCAUCAUGGAGUCAGCCAUAAUAUUUACUACUGUAUUUGUCGUCCGGAUGGAACAGUUGGUGAAUUUCUAGUCGAAAAUAAUAACAUUGGAUUGUUUCGGGUAAGUUGUGAAGCUGAACGCAAUUCACCAUCAUACCCAACAUCAUGGGAUGACUGGAUACAAGCACACAGCGCUCCAACGAACAUUGGCAUCUGGAGCAACACAUUGAGAAUAUCAUUGGCCCAAGACCAUCCUGUUGCCACUGGGAACUUUGUGAAAUACUUUGGCACGAUCAUACCAAACAUCAUCGAGAAUCCGAAGACACCCAUAUUACGAGAAAGAGCCAUGUCGACUGUUUGGAGAUUCGAAACUGCAACUCCGACUACCAUUGCCAUUGAAAAAGCGAGAACUCCACCGACAAGCGGAUCAGGAAUAGUGGAGAGAAGGGCUCCGAUCUUGGAUUCUAGUCAUUUUGAGAAGCGGGAACCAGAGUUGAACGAGCCCUUUGAUCGUUGCGACGACGAUGGAGUGAUAGUGGGCGAACUCUUCGACUUUUGGCAUGUUUGCUUUGAUGAAAAGUCGAGUCAUGAGGACGUUGUAGCCAGCGAUCGGACUUUUUCCUGA